AUGAACAGCAUCAGAUCUCUGCUGUAUCUCUGAUCUACAAUGAAUGCCAAAUCUGCAAUCAGCAAAGAAAUUUUUGCCCCACAUGAUGAACGGAUGCUGGGAGCUGUCCAAGUGAAAAGAAGAACAAAAAAAAAGAUUCCUUUCCUAGCUACUGGGGGUCAGGGUGAAUAUUUGACAUACAUCUGCCUGUCAGUGACAAACAAGAAACCAGCUCAAGCCUCUAUUACAAAGGUGAAGCAGUUUGAAGGCUCUACCUCUUUCGUCAGGAGAACGCAGUGGAUGCUCGAGCAGCUUCGGCAGGUCAAUGGCAUAGACCCUAACCGGGAUUCCCCAGAAUUUGAUCUACUAUUUGAAAAUGCUUUUGACCAGUGGGUGGCAAGCACAGCUUCAGAAAAAUGCACAUUCUUUCAGGUUCUACAUCACACUUGUCAGCGAUACCUUACAGACAAGAAACCAGAAUUUAUCAACUGCCAAUCUAAAAUUAUGGGAGGCAACAGCAUCCUCCAUUCAGCAGCAGACAGUGUGACAAGCGCAGUGCAGAAGGCAAGCCAGGCUCUGAAUGAGCGUGGUGAAAGGCUAGGUCGAGCAGAAGAGAAGACAGAGGAGCUGAAAAACAGUGCUCAGCAGUUUGCAGAAACUGCACACAAGCUUGCCAUGAAGCACAAAUGCUGA